AUUUUAAUUAUCAGGCAUAAGGAAAAAUGGGUCAUGUAAAAUGUAGUGAGUUUGGAAAGACUAAAAAUGGUCAAGUCGUAAAUUUGUAUGAAUUAAAAUCCAAUCAUGUUGAGUUGGGCCUGAUCAACUAUGGGGCUACUAUUGCUUAUCUGAAGGUUCCAGACAGGUUUGGAAAAAGGGAUGACAUAGUCACUGGAUUCGAUAAUUUAGAGGAUUAUCUUUCGUGCAAAAACUAUUUUGGAUGCGUAGUAGGACGCGUGGCAAACAGAAUAGGUGAAGGAAAAUUCCACCUCAAUGGCCAAGAAUGGGUUGUGGAUGUUAAUAAUGGUCCAAACUGUAACCAUGGGGGCUCAGCGGGAUUCGAUACAAAAGUAUGGGAGUGUACAUCAGCAGAAAAUAACUCUGUUACCUUCAGGCUCGAAAGUCCUCAUGGUGACAUGGGGUUUCCUGGAGAUGUGGUUGUCACUGUAACUUACAUACUUCAUAACAAUGAACUAGAAAUAAAAUACAAAGGAACCUCAAACCAACCAACACCAAUGAAUUUGACCAACCAUGCUAAUUUUAAUCUUGGAGGGCAUAGCAAGUGGGAAAAUUUUUGUGACCAUUUCCUUAAUAUUCCGGCCGAUCAUUAUUUACCAACAGAUGAACAUUGCCUCGUUACAGGUGAUAUGGCACCCAGUGAAAAAACAGAUUUUAAUCUCAAAAACGAACCAAGAAAACUCACUCAAGAUUUUUUGCUUAAUCUUCCUGGUGGUGGAUAUGAUCAUAACUUCUGUUUAACAAGAGACAAAACCAAAAAACUGGCUGCUGUUUUAACCCAUGCUGGGACUAGUCGUGUGCUGAAGGUGUAUACAGACCAACCUGGUAUUCAAGUUUAUACUGGCAACUUUCUCAAUGGAAUGAAAGGAAAACAAGGUGUUAAAUAUACCAAGCAUUCAGCUAUCUGCUUGGAGACUCAGAAUUGGCCUAAUGCAAUAAACAACCCAAAUUUUCCUGAUUCGAUCUGCACCCCAGACACACCAUACAGCCAUAAUGCAUGGUUCGAGUUUGCUACUGGAAGUUGUGACUUAGAGUAGAUAAACCGAUUUUCAAAAUUUACAUAGUUGUAGCGUUUAUUCUGCUACAUAAAUGAAGUACAAUUUUAUUCUUCAAUUUUUAAAUAAAACUUUAUUUUAGUUUGGUUAUUUGCAGUAGCUUGUCUUUUAUUAAUUUUCUAAAAGUUCAAGGGUAUUUUACUUAAAAAUUAAGCACUUUGUUUCUAAAAUCUUCGUCUCCAAAUUUCAAUUGAUAUUAACAAACCGGUUUAUAUUUGCAGAUAGUUGUUAUUUUCAGUGGAAAAUUCAAAAAACUUAUAUCAAUUUUACCUUUCAUUUUAACUGUAAUCAGUUGAGCAUGAUAAAAACAUAACCGAAAUGUUGUUGUAUUAAUUAUUUUGUGUGUACCUCAAAUUGUUAUACCUCAAAAAUUCAGAUGAAUUUGUAAUUGAUUUUAAUAAAUAUAUAGCAAUAAUAAAAAGAAAUGCAUUA